AUGGACUUCACGUUGUUGUUCAUAGCCACCCUAACAGUUGUGGUAAGAACUUUUUUCAAGUAUUAUAAUGUGUUUAGGGUUAUUUAAUGUACUGGAAAUUCUGUGUUUUGAAAAUUUGCUAAUUUUUUAAUUGAAAAUUGUUCUAGGCAAACGCUGAUCUGCAAGGCAUCUCGACUCAAGAAGAAAAUAUAGCAAAUUUCUGCGAUUGGCCAUCUUUUCAGUAAGUAACUAUUGUUCUAUUAUUUUUAUAGGUUUAAAAAUUGAUUUUACGUUGAUGUCAGGUAAAAAUUGGUAUAAUUUGAUGAAUUUUACAUGGCUUUUAAUUGUAUUCAAGAUUAUAUUGUGGUUUUUAGAAAUACAUCGUUGUGUGUUGGUCUAUAUGGACCACAAUUUUCUGGCACGCUGGAACCAAUCUGUGACUUCGAUAAUGGGUGUUUAGUUACAAAGAUUGACUGGGAAAAGGUAGGUGUCGAACUUCUGUUCACUAUAUGGUAAUAUAAAUAUAUAUUACAGAAUGCGGUUAUAUUAUCAACAAACUUUAAAACUAAUUUAAUUAUGUUAUUUUUUAACUUUUUUUUCCAAAUCAUGUUUUAAUUCUGACUAUUUCAGGUAGCUUGGAUUGUGUUUCCUUUAUCCGUCGUUGUGCUCAAUGUUUUGGCCUGGCUCUUAAUCUACCUCAGAUUCAUGAGAAGGUCCAAUGUAUCUAUCGAGGAGUUUGCCAAGACCAUUCUUGUUUGA